AUGUGGUCCCCCAACAGCACCCAUUUCUUCUCUCCCAUGUUUGUCCUGCUGGGUGUCCCAGGGCUGGAGGAGGCACAUGGGUGGCUCUCCAUCCCUUUUUGUGCUGGGUUCCUCAUCCCUCUUCUGGGCAACUUCACCAUCCUCUCCGUUGUGAAGACCAAGACCAGCCUCCACCAGCCCAUGUUCUACUUCCUCUGCCUGCUCUCCUUCGUCGACUUGGGCCUUUCCAUCUCCACCCUGCCCAAGAUGCUGGCCAUCUCCUGGUUUGGCCUGAGCAGGAUGAGCUUUGAUGUCUGCCUGGCCCAGAUGUUCUUCAUCCACACCUUCACGGGGAUGGAGUCAAUGGUGCUCCUGACCAUGGCUUUCAACUGCUACGUGGCCAUCUGUGACCCGCUGAGGUACUCCACCAUCCUCACACAGGCCACCGUGAUCUGGAUCUGCCUGGGCAUAACUCUAAAGCCGGCCUGCCUGAUAUUUCCAAUGACUGUGAUGUCGAAACACCUGCCUUUCUGCAGUGCCCACAUCAACAUGCCCCAUACCUACUGUGAGCCCAUGGGUAUCGCCAAGCUGGCCUGCACAGACAUCCAUGACAAUGUCUUCUACGGCCUUUGGGUUGCUUCCUUCCUUGUGCUGGAGUUGACCCUGAUCGCCGUUUCCUACACCAAGAUCCUGCAGGCCGUUUUCCGGCUCUCCUCCAAGGAGGCCCGGCUGAAGUCCUUGAGCACCUGCCGCUCCCACUUUGCUGUGAUUUUUGUCUUCUACACACCAGCUUUAUUCUCCUUCCUCACCCACCGCUUCGGACACAACAUCCCCUAUUUUGCCCACAUCCUUGUUGCCAACCUGUAUGUCAUUCUGCCCCUGAUGCUCAACCCGGUCAUCUACGGUGUGAGGACCAAGGAGUGCUCCAUGCUCUCCCAAGAGCACCACAUUGGGAGACUCUCCCUGAAACGACCUCUCCGUUGGGUAGAAGAGUCGUCUUUGACUAUCUGA